GAUAGGUCUUCAGUCUCAAUCUCACGCUCAUCCGUAUCAUGUUUCCGAUUAAUCUUGGGAUGAAUCCGACCGGAGGAGGAGGACCUCAGAGAAAAUCAGAUGAUCACAUAAAACGUCCGAUGAACGCCUUUAUGGUUUGGUCUAGAAUGCAGAGAAGAAAGAUAGCGCAGGAGAAUCCAAAAAUGCAUAACUCAGAGAUUUCGAAAAGACUCGGAUCUGAGUGGAAAGUGUUAACAGAGGAGCAAAAACGUCCGUUUAUUGACGAAGCUAAAAGAAUCCGAGCUAAACACAUGAAUGACCAUCCAGAGUAUAAAUACAGACCAAGACGUAAACCUAAAUGUAUUCAAAGAUCAGGAUAUCCCUAUCCUCUGCCCUACUACUCACCCCAGGGCUUAGAUCCAUUCAAUUCACUUAACUCCGGUCUUAUGCCCUCUUCACAACAGAUGGAGAUGGCGGAGAACGAAAGAUCUCGUCUAUUCGGAUACCCUGCUCCGGGUCCAAGCUUAUCUCUGCCUUCGUAUCCUUGGUUUACUCCGAACCCAUCCUACGAGGCUGCAGCUCAUCUAUACAAACUCUCCGGGCUAAGUUAUGACCACAAACUCUCAUAUUUUGAAAAUCUACCAAAGAACGGGAUGGAACAGUUCUCCAGCUCCGUAGGGUUACCAACCCCUUCUCCUGAACCUGCCAAAGAAUGUCCAAACCCUGUUGGUUCUUCUCCUCCCCCUCUCUCAUCAGCUAGUCUUAGCUCCUUCUACAAUUCCCUUUACACAAACUCAGUUUCUAAAUCAAUGAGCUCAAACUCAUCCCAGUCUCUAGUCCCGUCCCUAUCCUCCCCCUACUCCGUCCCGUUCUCUCUACCCCACCUAGAUCAACUAAGACGACCUGUACCAGUUCUCUUGUAGCAGAUUUAACCAAGGAGUUUAAAGAAAUGUCGAGCUUUGUCUGGUUUUUGUUCAUUUUAGUUUAUGAAUAAUAAUAAAUAAAA